GGGCAUCAGGCAAAGCAUCACCAGCUGGUCAAGGGAGGGGAUUGUCCCGCUCUGCUCUGCACUGGGGCGGCCUCACCUUGAAUAUUGUGUGCAGUUUUGGGCACCACAAUAUAAGAAAGAUAUUGAGCUCUUAGAGAGUGUCCAAAGGAGGGCAACGAAGAUGGUGAAGGGCCUUGAGGGGAAGCUGUAUCAGGAGCAGCUGAAGUCACUUGGGGUGUUCAGCCUGGAGGAGACUAAGGGGAGACCUUAUCGCGGCCUACAUGUUUCUUCGGAGGGGAAGAGGAGGGGCAGGCACUGAUCUCCUCUCUGUGGUGAACAGUGACAGGACCCAGGGAGGGAAUGGCAUGAAACUGUGUCAGGGGGAAGGGUUAGGUUAAAUAUAAGGAAAAGAUUUUUCACCCAGCGGGUGGUUGGGCCCUGGAACAGGCUCCCCAGGGAAGUGGUCACAGCACCAACCCUGUCUGAGUUCAAGAAGCUUUUGGACAACACUCUGAGGGGCAUGGCGUGAUUUUUGGGGUGUCCUCUGCAGGGCCAGGAGCUGGACUUCGAUGAUCCUUGUGAGUCCCUUCCAACUCAGGACAUUCUAAGAUUCUAUGGCUUUGUUUGGUUUAGUAGCAACAGAAUGUUUAGCACUGGGUUGAGGCAGGCCAUAGAUAGAGAGGCUUUGGAGCAGUGGAGGCUGUGUUGGUUUUUUCCCCUCCUUUUUCUUUCUCCAGACUCACCUUUUUGAAGGAGAGAAUAAGAGAAGAUUUGCUCCUUGGGUUAGGCAAUUGCUGUCCAGCCGGGACUGAAUGAAGAGACGAAAGUGGCCCUACGCAUGCCCCUCACAAAGGAACAUCCUGAUCCUUUGUGUUACUGGGUGGUUGAUUGCACUGCUGAAGAUCCUCCAUGUUGAAAGACACUUUUUUCCUUCUAAGGGCAUUUACUUGGUUGAGCACUUCUUAAGCACUUCUUCUUAUGUUAGAAACAGGUAUUCAUAUCCUAGAAAUGUGUUCCACUAUGAAAUUAAUUGUUCAUCUAUAUAUGAACAAGAUCCUCAUGAAAUUGGCAAGAGUUUAGAGAUAAGAAGAAAAGAAAUAGUUGACUUAGCUGAUGAAGAUGUUGCAGCAAUGACAAGUGAUUGCCAUGUGUAUCGUUCUCUUAGGAAAUACCACCUAAAACCUGUUUCUCCAGAGGAGGAGAGUUUUCCAAUUGCCUAUUCUUUGGUUGUUCACAAAGAUGCAGUAAUGGUAGAAAGGCUCAUACAUUCAUUGUACAGUCAUCAAAAUAUUUACUGCAUCCAUUAUGAUGAAAAAGCAGCAAGAAGUUUCAAAUCUGCUUUGAAAAAUCUGGCUAAAUGUUUCCCAAAUAUUUUCAUUGCGUCAAAGUUGGAGACAGUGGACUAUGCACAUAUUUCACGUCUGCAAGCAGAUUUCAAUUGUUUGUCUGAUUUGAUGGGCUCUCCAGUCCCUUGGAAGUAUGUUAUCAAUUUGUGUGGUCAAGAUUUCCCUUUGAGGUCAAAUUUUGAGUUGGUUGCUGAACUGAAGAAACUUGGUGGAGGAAACAUGCUGGAAACUACAAAGCCAAGCAGUAGCAAAAGAGAACGAUUUACUUAUCACUAUGAACUUAUGAAAGUGCCUUAUGAAUACAUGCAGAUGCCUGUAAAAACCAACAUUUCCAAGAAUCCGCCGCCUCACAAUAUUGAAGUAUUUGUAGGCAGUGCCUAUUUUGUUUUAAGUCGAGAAUUUAUUCAAUAUACACUUGAAAGCUCACUCGCAAAAGAUUUUUUUGAGUGGUCAAGGGACACAUACUCUCCAGAUGAACAUUUCUGGGCCACUCUUGUACGUGUUCCUGGGGUCCCUGGGGAAGUUCCAAGGUCAUCUCAGGACAUAACAGACUUACAAAGCAAAACUCGUCUGGUGAAAUGGAAUUAUCUUGAAGAUUAUUUGUAUCCUCCAUGCACUGGUACCCACCUUCGCAGUGUUUGCAUCUACGGGGCUGGAGAAUUAAGAUGGCUUCUGAAUUAUGGGCACUGGUUCGCCAACAAGAUUGACUCCAAAGUAGACCCUGUUCUGGUAAAAUGCUUGGCUGAAAAAGUGGCAGAACAACAGAAGGAGUGGGUACAUUUGUCCUCUGACAAACGCUUUCUGCAGUUAAGUUCUACGAAUGCCUUGCUAUAGCAGCACUGUGCUCUCUGCUGUCCUUGCCGUGUCCUGCUGAAGCACAGCACCUGCGGUUCCUCCGCCUUGUCUGCUGCAGGAUGUCAGUGAGCAAAACAUCCAUUCUGUAUGAAGUUCAAGCCCCUGGAGAGCCAGGUGCCUGGCUGUUUAUUUAUGAAAAGUUAUGCCUCUCUGAUUAAUUGUUUUGUAACUUGCCACAAUAAACCUGUAAUUGUUCUUCA